CCCAACUUAUUACGGUGAAUAGAGAACAUCGCAGUUAUAAAAGAGAUACACGCUCUCCAAGUUGAUUUAGUCACGUCAGGAUAGCUUAAUGUGCUUUAGAAUAGAGCAGGAAAACCUGAAAUUACACGAAGAAUUCUUCGAAAUUCUCUCUUUUAGGAAAAAUGCUGGCAGCAUCAUUGUUCCUCUUGUACGCUGUAACAGGAGGGUUCUAUUAUCCUGUUUGCAGUGAGCCACAUUCUGCAUUUCCUUACAGCAUCUUACUAGUUGCCGAGGGACAAGACAGUGACCAAGCGGCCACGCUGUUCUGGGCCGUUGAUUUUGAGAAGGAGACGGUCGACUUCAGAUUGAGCGUUCCGCUGAUAUAUGGCGGCACACUGAGGGAAAACGGAGAAUGGUUUGCGUUUGGAAUGUCUCCUGAUGGGACACUCAGCAACGCGGAUCUCGUUGUGUUUGAAUUUCCACAAGGGGAACUCAAACUUACGGAAGCGUACACGGACGACACGGGUGAAGUACACGAGGAUGGGAACGAUCAUGACUACGUGCUCCUCGGGUGGAGGGUUUCACCUGGAGUGGGUGGAAACGACGAGUCCCCCGCCCACCUGGAGGUUGAGUUCCGGAGAAAAUUCGACACCUGCGAUCGUCACGACUAUCUUAUCGAUAGUGGAACAGUGAAUUUAUUCUAUCUACGGGGAAGCCACUCCAGCAUUUCCUCCGGGUACAUUGACCCGCGCGAAGCAGAAAUUGCUUUCCAACGUGCUCAACUUUUGAAGAGUACAAGGCGUACUCCUCCGUUGCCACCCAAUGUGAAGACAGCCGACAUCGUCAUGCACAAUACAGCAAUACCAAAUCAAGCUACGACGUAUUGGUGCAGGGUGCAGAAAUUCCCCGAUAUUGAGGAAGAUCAUCACAUAAUUCAGUACGAAGCAGUGGUUACCCCUGGCAACGAGGGCAUCGUGCACCACAUGGAGGUAUUCCACUGUAUUCUCCCGGCCGGAGUCAAAGUACCAGACUACAAUGGUGAAUGUGAAGGCGAGGACCUACCUGCCGAGCUGGCAUCGUGCAGACGGGUGAUUGGCGCCUGGGCCAUGGGGGCCAAGGCCUUCUUUUACCCCGAGGAGGUUGGUGUACCGAUUGGUGGAUCUAGCGUCUCAUCGUACGUCGUGCUCCAAGUCCACUACAACAACCCCAGACUAAGAGAAGGGGUUCUGGACAGUUCUGGGAUUCGCUUUCACUACACGUCCUCACUAAGACCUUAUGACGCAGGUAUCUUGGAGAUCGGAGCUACCUACUCGCCGAAUCUUUCUAUACCUCCAGAGUCGAAUGGAUUCUACUUUACAGGAUAUUGCUCCCCAGACUGUACAGACAAGGGGAUUCCAGACCGAGGCAUCCGUGUGUUCGCCUCCCAGCUUCAUACUCACCUCAGCGGCACAGCUAUUUGGACCAAACACAUCCGCAAUGGCGUAGAGAUGAAAGAACUCAACAGGGACGAUCACUACAACGCAAUGUUCCAGGAAAUUCGAUUUCUUCAAAAAGACGUCACUGUACUUCCGGGAGAUGCCCUGAUAACUACUUGUAGAUACGACACAUCAGCAAGACAAAAUGUUACCUUGGGUGGAUUUGGUAUACAAGAUGAGAUGUGCGUGAACUACAUGCAUUACUAUCCCAGCAUCAACCUAGAGGUAUGCAAGAGCACCAUUGCCAGCACAGCUCUAGCGGCGUUCUUCAAAACUGUCGACAGCAGGACUGGGGACUCACCUCAUGACGUCAAUUUGACAUCGCCAUCAGCAGUAGCCAACUGUUUUCUUCACAUGACCUGGACACCGAGUGUGAAGUUGCUAUGGCAGUACGUCAUCAACGAGGCGCCACUAGACAUAGAGUGCCUCAAGUCGUCUGGCCAGCCAUUCACUGGCAAGUGGAAGGAUCAACCUCCUCCUUCAGUGAAGAUCCCUUUGCCGAGGAAAAAACGGAAAUGCCCUCACAAGAAAAUCCACCCAUUCCAGAGGAAACUUGGUAGUUCACCAACAACAUAAGAAAAAAAGGAAAUUUAAACAUGCACUUUAAGAACUUGGAUAACGUAGAUUACUCAUGUUUAAGGCGACACUUAUUUGCGUCACAUUAGAGAACAAUAAUUUCAACUACAAGAUCGAUAAAAUCUCACAAAUAGGGUUUGAAUUCUGGGUUGUAAAAAGCUUAAUUCAAUUCUAUGAAUUGAUCUGUCAAUUUUGAUAUUUUAACUUGAUCACAAUAGCACAUUAUUGAUAAUCUUGAUACCAGGCUUUCCGUACAUUUUACCAACACGAGAUGUAUGAGCGACUACAGCAAGGAAUCAACGUGAUUAGUGAGCUAUAAACUAGCGAAUAUCAAAAAAGAAAAUGUAAUCUUAUGUCUCAUUGUACAAAAAUAUUGAUAUUACAAUAUAAAACAUGAGACAAAUCUCGGCAGGUUGUUUAUACUGCUGUAUACUUUUUGGUAGCUAAAAGGUUGGUAUGAGUAAUUUGUACCCAAGCAGCUGGUUGUAUGGCCUUAUGACGAGAAGUAUAUGUUCGUUCGUUUGAUAUUUGAUCUGUUAUGAAAUGUAUUUGGAACAACACAAGCCUAAAGGUUUAAUUAGGAAAAAAUGGUAAUACAUGAAAAGAAGAAGUGCAUAUUUUAGUCGAAGCUUCGAGCAGAAUCCAAUCGAUGUCUGUCGGAGGCUUAAAUCUGACAAAUAAUAACUGCAGCCCAAACUUUACGGAACUGUAAAAUAAAUGAAAAAUUAUUUGUCGCACAGACACGAAGUAAGACAACAGAAUUUUAUUCUUUCUGUCAGGAAUAACACGAGAUGCUUGACCAUUGGAAGUGAAACUGGUAGAAGUUUGUUCUACUUGUUUUCCUUUAAGCCACAGUGUAACCACCUCCGUCAGGUGCCAGAAAAUAAGACAGUGGUUUUUUUGAGGAGUCAUAUCCUUAAUCCAACAAUUAAUCCUGAAGUCUGUCCGAGCUACAGCAGCCGUGAGGUUACCAAGAGGCAGAGUACCAACACCACCAGCGAGACAUUAGGCAAAAUGGCACCGUUUCCCGGAGCUGCGGAAUAGGAGAUACAAGUUUUAAGAAAGAUUGAAAACAAAGACACAACCAAACAAAUCAAACAAUAUAGUAAUAUAUAAGUAAACGCUACUGACGCUUUUGGAUACGGUAGUUUCAUCAUACAAGAAUGUCUGAAUGCUGCUUAAUAAAACCACUUCUUGUCCAUUUUGGGAGAUUAA